CAGAUCCCUCUUUACAAACAUCUUUUGUAGUUUCAUUGCUCCAAGGUAGACUGAUUCUCGUUGAUGAAUUUCCUAGUAUUUAAGUUAAGUGAGCUUCAUUUGUAGAAUAAUUUUUUUGAAAGAUGGGUCUGAUAUCGAUGUACCUGAGUGUGGCCUUCUACAGCACUUGGCUGUGGGUGCUGUUGAUGUUGGUGCUGGUCUACUGGUGGUACAUGCGUAUGUGGAUUGGCUUUUAUGACACCAGCACAAUGAGAACUGAUGACAAAACAUUUGUGGUCACUGGAGCUGAAGCUGGCGUAGGCAAGGCGUGUUGUGAUCUACUAGCAGCCAGAGGUGGCAGGAUCAUCAUGGCUUGUGCUGACACAUCCUUGGGCCAAGCUGCCAGAGAUCAGAUUGUGAAAAGGACGCUGAAUGAGGAAGUGGAGGUGCACCAUCUGGACAUGAGCUCCCUGGCAUCUGUCCGCAAGUUCUCCAAGAAGCUGCACCAGAUCACUGACCAUGUGGAUGCUCUGAUAUUGUACACUGCACCAGACUGUACACCGUCCGCCACUACAACCUCUGAUAAUCUCAACACUAUCAUGCAGCUGCACCACUUCGGACCCUACCUGCUCAGCAACUUAGUGCUCGAUUUGCUGAAGAAGUCAUCCUUAGGGAGAGUAGUGUUUGUUACUUCCAUUGUCCAUCACUUCAACAAGUUCAGUCUGGACAACUUGAACUGUGAGAAGGAGCCUCUGUCCAACUGCAGAGUGUACUGCAACGCUAGGCUGGCCAACAUCCUCACCACCAAGUAUCUGGCCAGGAUACUGAAAGGGACAGGAGUUACUGUGAACAGUGUUCACCCUGGCAUGGUGAGACCCGACCCCACUACCAACCCUUCAUGUGGGGGAAUCAUGGGGAUGAUUUGCAGUUUGUGGAUCAACUUUUUUGGAAGGAUUAUAAGGGAAGGUGCUAUGACACCAACAUAUGUUGCUUCUGAACCCAAACUGGCCAAUGUUACAGGAAAACAUUUUGCUGAAUGCAGGGUUUCCGGAUGUGUUGCAUCAUUAGCUAAUGACACCAAGUUACAAGACCAAUUGUUUGAAAAAAGUGCACGGCUAGUGAAUUUAAGGCCAGAGGAAAAACAUUUUUAAAUAAAACCGAUUAUUAUUAAAUAA